GAUAUUCAGAAUGAGUUAUUCAUUAGUUGAAAAAAUUUUAUUGAAUGUUAACGAUGUUUUAUACAUACAUUUUUAUAUUUGCUGGAUUUUUAUGGGAUUACUCGAAGGGGGAUUUGAUAGUAAACACAAAAUAUGGUUUGAUGUUAGGAAAAGAAGCGGAGACGAUUGACUUGAGAAAACCAUACUACAGCUUUUUAGGAAUUCCAUACGCUAAACCACCCAUAGGAAAAUUGAGGUUCAAGGCACCUGAACCAUUUGACAGCUGGCUAGGAAUUUUUUCAGCAACAUCCGAAGGAAACAUUUGUAUACAAGAAAAUACUGGCUCAGAAGACUGUUUAUAUAUAAAUGUCUACACCCCUAAAAGGAAUGAUACAUCAUCUAAACUUUCUGUAAUGGUUUGGAUAUAUGGCGGAGGAUUUUUAACAGGAAGCUCCAAUUACAAAUCAUUCAGUCCUGACUAUUUUCUGAAUGAAGAUGUUAUAUUUGUGUCUUUAAAUUAUCGACUCGGGAUUUUUGGAUUUUUCUCUACUGGAGAUGAAGCAGCAUACGGAAAUUGGGGACUGAAGGAUCAAAUUUUAGGUCUUAAAUGGAUUCAGGAGAAUAUUGAGAAUUUUGGUGGGGACAAAAAUAAUGUUACUGUUUUUGGGCACAGUGCAGGAAGUGCUUCCAUUUCUUAUUUGUUGCAGAGUCCAUUGGCUGCAAAUCUCUUUCAGAGAGCAAUCAUGCAAAGUGGUACUUCCUUGAAUUUAUGGGGAUUCACUAGGAAACCUAGAGAUGUUGCCUUUACAUUGGGCUCUUACCUUCAAAUAUAUACCAAUGAUAGUGAAAUACUUACAGAGAAACUGAGAGAACAGGAUGCAGACACCCUAUCAAUGGCAACAAUAGCAAUAAGCUUUAUGGGACCCCUCCUAACAAACCCUUUUGGCGGAUUGAUGUUUGCACCAUGCGAGGAACCAAAUCACGAAGGUGCCCUAUUUAAUGGCAAAAGUCAUGAGAAUUUACGAACUGGAAACUUUAAUAGAGUACCCGUUAUAAUUGGUUUCACAUCACAAGAAGGAUUGCCGUUCUAUAACAUUUUUGACAGAAUAAGGCUGUAUCUGCUGAUAUACGAUUUUAUGCCCAAUAGAAUGGUUCCUAUAGAUUUGAAUAUAAUUGACACAGCCCGUUUCAUUAAUAUAACGAGAGAUUUGAAAACCAAAUACUUUCCAAAUACUCAGGUCGUUUUCAACAACUAUAGUCUUGUACAGUUUAUUACGGAUGACCAAUUUGUCAGACCAAUCAAUGAAGCAGCUAGAUUGAUGUCUAAAUGGGUUCCAACUUACCUCUAUAGGUUUUCUUACAUGAACAAGUCAAAAUUUACAAACGAUUCGGAUUUGUUGGGAAGAGGAGUACCUCAUGGAGGGGAGCUAGAGUAUUUGAACCCCCUUUCAAAUAAUCCGAAUCAGUCAGGCUUGGACCUAUUAACACGCCAACGACUCGUAAAAUUAUGGACCAAUUUUGCAAAAACUUCAAAUCCAACGCCAUGUUCAGAACCACUUUUUGAGGACCUGAUUUGGAAACCCUACUCUGAGGAUGAUCAAUUUUUGGAUAUAGGAAGAUCCUUCAACUUAUCGUCAAAUAUGGAAUAUUAUAGCCAGUCUUGGUGGAAAGUGUUAUUUAAUAAAUAUGGGAAUCCGCCGUUUGAUACAUAUUAGAAAAUGUUCGUAAUGUGAUAAUUUUAUUCUCUAUAUAUUUAUAUAAUGAAUAGUUUGAGAGGGAAAUUUGAUUUGGUUGACUUGUCUGCCAACUCUGAUACAUUUGAAUAUCAAAAAUAAGAAAGAACUCUUGUGAAACUUCAUUCAAUAAAAAUAGUGUGAAUGAA